AUCGCCUGGGAACAAUUAGGGGUGAGCUACCGGAAGCCCACCCGUGAUCGCAAGGGUUUUUUUUUCGGUUGCGGGGGACAAUUACAUUGUACCGGACAGCGGCUGUUGCCACCGCGCCUCUGCAUGUGACCGAGCGGACAGGGGAGGGGCGGUGUGUCUCGUGUAUAGUACCGUGGAUUCACUCUAUGCCGAGGAACACAGAGUUCUAGUUAACGUAUUUGGGCAGCGGCAGUAACAACAGUCACGAAGAAAAAGCAGUCGGCGAACCUCACAAGACGUUCCUUCCAACGGAAAGUGUGUCUUCCACAGAGGAGGGUGUUUUUUUAGACCCGCGACAAACACAUCCAAGGACAUUGUCAGCGCAGCAGGAAAGGAGUGAUGAGCACCAAAAGGAAGGCAGAGAGUCACUCAAGGGCAGCAAACAGACCUCGCAUCAUGAAGUCUGGAGGGUCCCGGGCUGAAUCAGAGAGAGACUCAGGAUUCUCAGAUGCGAGCUCUGAGCAUUUUAGCACAAUGGAUACAACAGACUCUGAGGAUUCACCCUGCCCUGUUGUACAGCAGGACCCGCAAACUCCUGGCUCGGGGCCCCAGCCUCCUCAGCUUGCUGUGGUGGGAGGCUCCUAUUCAAGUCUUUCUCCUAUGAUUAUCAUGAACAAUGUCCUUCUCAAACAGCCUGGUGACAAUCCUCCUGCUCUGAAGCCAUGGGGCUUUAGUCCCACAGUGGAGGUUGUUCAGCCUGUGGUGCAGCAGCCUCAGGUGGUCUUCCUUCAACCUGUGGUUUCACGUCAAGCUUCCACUGCCUCCAAAGAUUCUUCCACUAGACACCGACGCCCUAAGAAGUAUCUUCCAAUCCUAAAAUCCUACCCUAAGAUUGCUCCAUAUCCAGGAGAUAGCUCAAGUUCCUCAGGGAGAGGAACUGCUUCAUCAUCUUCCUCCACCUCCUCCUCCUCCUCUUCUUCAGGUUCAGAGAGAGGCAGUGGCUCGACCUCCAACCACCAGGAUCACUGUCAAAAAGAGAAGCAGCAGAGAAGUCCAUGUAAUAGUGUUAGCAACUCAGCCACCCACAAUCUUCCUCCAACUCCCAGCACUGUGUCUCCUCUGCUCCAGAACCAGCUUUCUCAUCCCACAUCAGGAACCAGCGCCAGCAACAGUGCAGCAAGUGAGAAGCAUUUACUGACUGUCAAACAGACAGAGUUAACUCCUUCCUUAUCUUUCACACCCACCAUUGGCUCUAAAGACCAGGAACUCCUUGCCCUCGGGGCUCUGGUCAACAGAGAGAGCAGCUCAUCAGGAGGAAAUAACCACUCUGACAGUGAUGCUGAUACAAGACGGAAGCGCUUCUGCAAUACGUAUAACAUCCUGAGCAAAUCGGGCCUGUUAGACAUUACACUCCGCACCAAGGAGCUCCUCAGACAGAACCGACGCACCCAGGGUGACCUGGACCGCCUAAAGGAACACACAGACCUCUUCCUCCAGGCUCUGCGGAGCGGCGACACUAGCAUCUGUGUCAAGCUGCAGACCAGCCUUCAGGAGGAAGACGGAGAAAAAGAGAGGGAGAGAGCUGUUCAGCCCAGCUCUAAGGCUGAUUAGACCUUGACUAGUGUUACACGGUAAUCCUGUAGACUGAGAUGGGGAAUGGAAGGCCUGCACUGGGGGUUGGUGCAAACGGAGACAGAUGGACCAGAAAUAAUGUGCUCUAAAAUACACCCACCCCGCCCCACCCCUACUACUCACUCCCAGACUGUGUGCUGUGGCCUACAUUUUGCUGCAUUAUGCCUAAGGUUCCUGACACACCAAGCUGACCCUAAAAAGUUUACGAAUAGUGGCAUUCUCAAACUCCUUGAGAUUUUGAGCAAAGGAAGGGUGAUGCGAAGGAAAAACAGGAAAAAAUCACAAUAAAGUAUCUAGAGCUUCACAGUUAAUCAAAGUAAGCGUAUAAUUGCAAGAGACUGCAAUGAAAAUGUUCAAUGUGUAUAUGGUGAUAUUUGAAAGUAGGUUUUUUUGUUUGUUUUUUAUUACUAGUUCAAGUUUGUCUGAGUAGAAAAAAACUCAUUUAAAAGUGGACAGUAAUCUGUGUUUUUACUUGAAUCCCAAGAAAAAACACUGAAAUCACAAUAUUGUCUGCAGUAAUUACAAUUCACCAAAUUGUGCAGCUGUAGUGAAAUCAUAGCUUGGCUGAGCUGAAUGGGCACUCGGAGCUCUAUUCGAGUGCUUCUGUCACUGAUUCAACAUGUUUAAUCAGUGGAACAGUUAAGAGCCAAACAGUGCCAUCAGUAAAAGACACGCUGCAAAAACUACAGCCAUUUGUCAGCCACAUAGUUGCAGUUGCUGUUCAAAUUGCCAAUGGUCGGCUCGGUGUAUUAAGACUUUAAGGUCAAACAAGGCAAGAGCCACAGCUCACUGCUCUGCCAAAUUGAGCCUGUCUACAUUUCUUCCAAUAAAACAUCCCCACCACUGUGCAGAAAUCUCCUGCUGAUUGGCAAUCAGGAAUCAAAAGGCCGUAGAGAUUUGAAUCUAUGGCGUGAAGUGGUGAACAGACAAAGUAAUUUUACUGAAUGCACAGUAAAGUUUCACAAUCUGAAGGCUUGAUUAAAAACUCUCUGACUGGAUCUUGUAACCAUGAAUUGCAAUGAAAAGUAGAUGAGACUAAGGUGUUCCAACACUUGUGGAUUGUUGUCAUCUUCCACUGACACUGGUGUGUUGUGUAAUAGACCUCCAGUUAACUAACAGCGUGUACAAUACGAAAUAGUUAUAUGCAGCAUUUGUAUAUUUUACCAGGCUGAGAAAAUGUUGUCAUGUCGCACUGAAUGUUUUCAGGGCCUUUUGCCUUUCUGCAUCUUUAGAGGAACAUGUGCCUAAAGUGUCUUAUUAUUUUGUUCUGCGUUUUAAAGCUUCACAUGAAUAAUUUGGUCUUGUUGACUGUUUCAAGUCUUGCAUUCCCAUCAUGUUGAUGGCAGCUUUAAUACAGUGCAAUUGCUCUGAAGCGAAACUCCUGAUAACCUCUCAGAUUGUUCUUCAGUUACAUCCUAGUGUGUAGAUGGCUUCCUACAGUUAGACCAUAACGAUCUGUGAUUAAUGUACAAGUUGUAAAAGGUGUUUGGUGUGUUUUCUAUACUCAUGUUAUAAAUUAACAUGGCAGUAUUGUCUAACAUAAGUGCAGAUUUGGUUCCACUUCAAAGGUUCCUGUUUUCAUCUGUAUGAUAUUCAUCGUGUGACUCUUAAGCAGUUGUGGAUCCAAUUCUGAGGAUUAAUUUGACUGAAUGGUCCAAUGCUUAGGAUAUCCCAGUUGAAGGUUUGCACAUCAAUAAUGGACAUCUUGUGGUAUAAAUUAUGGCCUUAAAAUCUGAAUCCAGUGUAUGUUGCAAAACUUUUCUUUUGCACAAAAUUAUUUGUUGAGUAGCAAUCUCUAGGCAGAAAUGAAUGGCAGCUAUGGUAGCUCACUGAGGUAAAUUGUACUUGUUAUUGUGAGGCAUCAUAAGCACUACUCAUGGAAACACCUUCAUGUAUGACAUUCACAUGAAUCUUUUGAAAUUGUCAGUUUUUUUUAAUUUUUUUUAUACUAAUAGGGUUAUUUUAUUUAAUGUUAUUGGAUACUCUGUGUAUUUAAGUAUAAAAUAUUUGAUGUGAUAAUUACGUACUUGUGCAUAUGUUGAGUUGUAAUGCCUCAUGAAGAACAUCUUAAAUAAGGGAUAAUUCUUACAAAAAAAGAAUACAGUUAACAUAAAGUUAAUGUCAAAUAGUCUGUAACUAAACACCACAUUUCAGUUUUUAUACAUUUAUCAGGGGUGAUCGGAAAUUUUUUUUUUCUUUUCUGUUGCUUUAUUUUUGAAAAAUGUUUCAAGGUUCAGAGAGGAAGUUCUCAGAGGCACUGAGCGACUGCAGCUUUGUUACGUUGUAAACAGACCAACAUGUCACCCAUUAUGUCUGUAUCGGUCAGUGUCACUCAAGUUCACUCUUAACCCGCUAAAGUUUGAGGUCAGGUUUCUUGCUCCACCCAUGUUCUUCUGCAUUGCACCAGUUCUAGUGUCAGCAAAGCAGCUCAAGAUUCAUUGUGCAGUCGUCAUCUCCCCCUCCACCCCCCCUACCAAGCAUAGCUGUGGUUGCUGUCUACAAAUCACCGACCACUGAACUCUUUUGGGAAAGCUCUGUUUAUGUCCGUGUCAUCUACAUAAACCCGAUGAGCUCAUUCUGUUUCUUUUGCACAGAAGCUCCUCGGCCUGCAUCCAUCUGUGCACAUAACAGACCUGAAUGACAGGGCUUGUAUGUUUCGGGGUAAAUAUUGGAUCUGAAACUGGCCUUAUCACUCAACAUGUCACAGUUUCCAGUACACUAACCAUGGAGUCCACUGAUCAAAGCAUGUUGUACUUGAGACAAAAUGUUUUACAUAUAAUCAAUGUUUUUUAUUUUCUUUGGUCUGUGAGCAAAAUUCCUAACUUGUCUUUUAUCGGUUUUCUUUAUAUCUCACUGGCCGGGUUAAGAUGAGUUCACUUAAAUGCAAAUAAGUCCCUGGCAGUUUUCAGCAAACGGAGACUUCACUAGAUGUUAAGUUCAUGUCAUAGUGAUGUUGUAACAAACGGAACAAGAAGGAAUUUUUCAGAUUCCUACAUGUCAUGCCUUGUACACUUCUGGUGAACUUUACAGCUUAAUGUGUUUUUGUUUUUCGUUUUUUUUUCUGGAUGCUCAUAUGAAAAGCAUAAUUUAUGACUUUCCACGAGGUUCUAAUAUUCGUCAGUAAUUUGCUAAAAACCCACAUGUUCGUAACAAAGGCCUUCUGGAGACGCUAGACACAGGGCUGGAUUGAAACUGCUGGUCCUGUCCUGCUCUUUUGCCUUGGACAUGAGCAGAUUCUGGUGUGUUUUUACCCUUUUCUCCAACUGUCUUAUUCUUCACAUGAGAUCUUUUUCCUUUUUUCCUUUGUAGUUGUUUUUUUUCUGUUUUUGGACCAAUUCUUUAGUGGCGCUACAUUACAACAUAACUGUAAUUCUUUUAUCCAAUACUUUCUUUUCAGUUAGAUGCUCAGACAGAUUGAAUUUGACAUUGUUCGUCGUUGUACAGUGUGUAAAUCCUACAAUAGUUUUUGACGAUGGCCUUCCGCUGAAAUGUAAUCUCAAUAGUGUCGUUGGUUUAAUGCCAGCGGGACAGACAGUGGUACUGAAAUGUUGUAAAGGUCAAUGAAUUUGUGGCUGAAAAUAGCACAACUUUGUGCUGUUCCAAAUCUCUCUUAGGAGCUUUCUUUGCCGUUUUCAGCUUUUUCUGCAUCACUUCUGUAUGUUCUGUUCUAAUCAGCUCACUUUUGGCAUCAAUGACUUCUGAUCACACUGCUGUUUCUCAAAUUUUCAUGUGACUGACUUAUUUAUUGAGUGAAGUGUACGUGCUAUCAGGCCAUGUAUAUGCUACACACAGUCUUUAAGUGUCGUUUCCGUAGGUGUGAUGUGGUUUUCUAAUGUGACUGCAUUUUUUUUUAUUUUUAUUUACAGUGCUUUUGCUUGUUGGAUGACUUUUCUACACUGGAUUUUUAGUUUGCCUGUCUAAACAGCAGCUUUUUUUCUACAUUGUAUUUCAGUCAGCCUUCAUCCAUUUAAAGAUGCUGGAAAAUGUUUGUGCGUUUGUUUUUGACGGUUCGUUUAAAAUGUUUCAGUAGUUCACCAGCAGACAUAAUCAAUAGCCUGGAAUUUUUUGUUUUGUUUGUUUUGAUGGAUGAACGGGGAAUUAUGAUGGAAAGUGAUAGCUUCCUUUAAUUGUAUUUUGCAGUUUUUUCAAAGGAAUACAACUGUUGAAAUCUUCAUUGUGCUUAUACUUUGGAGGAUAAACUAAAACACGAGGUUAAGUUUGAAGACCUCAGGAAAUGUAAUGUGAUAUUAACGAUGAUACUGUUCGACAAAAACAAUUAGGAAGAUAUGAAUGAAGAGUGGCUUGACGUGAGAUGCUUUUUUUUCUUUUUUUACUUUUUAAUUUGAUUUUAUUCUCAUUGCUUGCGAAAUAAAUGUCACUCCAAAG